AUGGAUGUGGGGCGAAGAAAAAGGGGGACAGCAUCAUCAAGAACGGGUGUUGUGGUGGCAGGCUCUGUUUGGGAGAGCAGAAUGAAGCUUGAUGAAGUCAAAGGUGGGAUCAAAGUGUUUAAUGAUGAAGAAAAUGUUGACAGUUCAGAAGGAAAUGGAAAUGAUGAAAUGGAUGUCACCCCUAAUGAUUGUAAUGCUAUUGUUCCCGUUGAAAUGGAUAAGAAGAUGAAUUUGAGGCCAAGACAGAGUCCUCCUCCUGCUGUUGGGUCAGGUGGGAAGAGGAAGACUUGGAAAUCUGAGAGUUUGGAAGGCAGCCCAAUCCAGAUUGCUCGGAAAAGAUCCGAACUUUACAGCAAGAAUCUUGAUGAACAGUAUAAAGAAAUAAGCAUGUCGGCAGAUGGGAUUAAUAAGAAAAGUCCAAUAAUUCAGAAUAAGAAAACGAGAUCUGAUGCGGCAAUCAAGGAGCUAAGUACUUCGGUUGAUGGAAUGAAGACGAGAUCUGCAUCCCGGAAGCUGGUUACUGAUUCUAAUGACGUUGUAAUUGAGAAGAAUUCGACCCAAUUGAGGAAAUUGAAAUCAGAUGCCAGUAAGGCCUUGAAUAAUAAUGGAAGUGAAAAGAGUUCUGAAUUGAGAAAAGUGAAAUCGGAGUCAAUUAAGGUUCCUCCUGAUGAUGAUGAAAAUGCCAAGAAGAAGAAUUCACUUCAGUUGGUUGUAGCAAAUUCUAUAUCAAGUGAAAAUCUUGAUGAGAAGAAAUCUGUUGGAAUCAAGAAAAUAGGAUCUGAUGAAAACUGCAAAGAAGUUGGCGUUUGUGAAGAAAAGGUGAUCACGACCAAUUUGGUUCAGGACAAAUCUCCACCUAAAUUGGAAGACAUUGACGAUUUCGAUGAUGCUGAUGAAGAUGAAGAAGACUGGAAUGAAGAUGAAGAUGUGGAAGUUGAAAUUGAAAAGAAAAGUCUUGUGGUUAAGGAAGUCAAUACACCAGAGCAGAAGAAACCAAAGAAGAUUGUGGUGGAAGAAAAGAAAUUCCGACAUAGCAAUGAAAGACCUCUGUCAAUUCCAUCAGUAGUGAAGAAACAGUCUCCUCCAUUAAUGAGCCAUGCCAGAGUUCAUCCAAGUCCACCAACAACGAAACCAGAUGAAUUCGAUGGAAUUCCAAGAACCCACAGAAAAGUACAGAGUUUUGUUGACUUGGUAAUGUGGAGAAAUGUAUCAAAAUCAGCAUUAGUGUUUGGUAUUGGAACGUUUGUUAUCUUGUCAUCUUCAUACACCAAAGAUCUCAACAUCAGUGUAAUCUCGGUAUUGUCUUAUCUGGCCUUGGUCUACCUAGCUGCAAUUUUCCUCUUCAGAUCAUUCAUUUCCAGGGGAGGUGUUGAAUCAGAUGAUGAUGAUUCGAGGAUGAACUAUGUAUUCGGGCACCAAGAAGCAGUUUGGUUUGUGAACUUGGUGCUUCCAUAUGUGAAUGAAUUCUUGGUAAAUAUCAGAGCCCUUUUCUCUGGGGAUCCUCUGACGACAAUGAAGGCCGUUGCUUUCGGUAUCUUCACCAUUGUUUGGAAUUUGUCCUCUGUGGUUGCCCGAAUUUGGGCCGUGUUCAUGCUGUUUGUGGCCUUCAGAUACUUCCAGCCUUCAUUGGGACUUGAGGGAUGGGCCGCGUCACAACAAGCAGAGCAAACAAGAACUGAAGAUUCUUCCAGGCCAGGCCCAGUUCUGAAUGCAGGAAAUAACAUCACUCAGCGGCGUAGACCCAUUGUGACAGACCUUGGAAAACAAAACAGACCAUUAUAA